UUAUUCACUCUGUGCUUCCACCUGUGGCAUCCACUGCUGGCUUUGCCUGUGAGUCCCCUGCCCUUGCUCUGAGCUUGCUGCUUGUCCUUUGCCUGUCUUCCCUAAGGCUAGGCUUGACCUUGAGUGGGCCUCCUGGGAGUCUCUUUUUGCCCAAGAUCUCCAAACAGCUCUGUCCAUCAUGUCGGCCGCGCCGGGCCUCCUGCACCAGGAGCUGUCCUGCCCGCUCUGCCUGCAGCUGUUUGACGCGCCGGUGACCGCCGAGUGCGGCCACAGUUUCUGCCGCGCCUGCCUGAGCCGCGUGGCUGGGGAGCCGGCGGCGGACGGCACCGUGCCCUGCCCGUGCUGCCAGGCACUCACGCGGCCACAGGCGCUCAGCACCAACCAGCAGCUGGCGCGCCUGGUGGAGGGGCUGGCGCAGGUGCCGCAGGGCCACUGCGAGGAGCACCUAGACCCGCUCAGCAUCUACUGCGAGCAGGAUCGAGCGCUCGUGUGCGGCGUGUGCGCCUCGCUCGGCUCGCACCGCGGCCACCGCCUGCUGCCCGCCGCCGAAGCCCAUGCGCGCCUCAAGACACAGCUGCCACAGCAGAAACUGCAGCUGCAGGAGGCAUGUAUGCGCAAGGAGAAGAGUGUGGCUCUGCUGGAGCAUCAGCUCAUGGAAGUGGAGGAGACGGUGCGUCAGUUCCGGGGGGCUGUGGGGGAGCAGCUGGGCAAGAUGCGGGUGUUCCUGGCUGCACUGGAGGGCUCCUUGGACCGUGAGGCAGAACGUGUGCGGGGAGAGGCAGGGGUUGCCCUGCGGCGGGAGCUGGGGAGCCUGAACUCUUACCUGGAGCAGUUGCGGCAGAUGGAGAAGGUGCUGGAGGAGGUGGCCGACAAGCCACAGACUGAGUUCCUCAUGAAAUACUGCCUGGUGACCAGCAGGCUACAGAAGAUCCUGGCAGAAUCACCACCGCCUGCCCGUUUGGACAUCCAGCUGCCUGUCAUCUCAGAUGAUUUCAAAUUCCAGGUGUGGAGGAAGAUGUUCCGGGCUCUGAUGCCAGUUACGAAGGAGCUGACCUUUGACCCGAGCUCUGCGCACCCGAGCCUGGUGCUGUCUCCCUCCGGCCGCCGCGUGGAGUGCUCGGACCAGAAGGCGCCGCCGGCCGGGGAGGAUCCGUGCCAGUUCGACAAGGCCGUGGCGGUGGUGGCGCAGCAGGUGCUGUCCGACGGCGAGCACUACUGGGAGGUGCAGGUGGGCGAGAAGCCGCGCUGGGCCCUCGGCGUGAUCGCGGCCCAGGCCAGCCGCCGCGGCCGGCUGCACGCGGUCCCCUCGCAGGGCCUCUGGCUGCUCGGGCUGCGGGACGGCAAGAUCCUGGAGGCGCACGUCGAAGCCAAGGAGCCGCGCGCCCUGCGCACCCCGGAGAGGCGGCCCACGCGCAUCGGGAUCUACCUAAGCUUCGGCGACGGAGUCCUCUCCUUUUAUGAUGCCAGUGACCCCGACGCCCUCGAGCUGCUCUUUGCCUUCCACGAGCGCCUGCCCGGGCCCGUGUACCCCUUCUUCGACGUAUGCUGGCACGACAAGGGCAAAAAUGCUCAGCCGCUGCUGCUCGUGGGGCCUGAUGGCGAGGAGGCUUGAGCCGCAGGCUGGGCUGGGGAGGGGUGCAGGGUCCUGCAGGCCUGGAAGGAGAUGGGGGCAGGCAUGGGUUGCCAGGGCUGAAGACAGGGCCAAGGGGUUGGGGACUGGAGACUCCCAAGAGUUCUGAGAAGUUGGGGGUGGAGUUUGUGGGGAACAGAGCUCUAAGGUCAGGUCAGUGAGAUAGCCCCAGUUUGGGAACCUGGAGGCCCAAGGGUUCCAGGAAGAAAUUGAAGUUGAGGGAAGGAGUGAAAAGGGUCAGGGGUCUAGGGGGGAAGAACUCUGUCGAGCAAGGAGCCCCUUCAGCCUCACAUCCCCUCCUUCUUGGCGGCCUUGGAACAGGGGGUCCAGACUCAACCAUAUGGAAAGAUCUUUCCCUUAGCGGUUCUCCAACCUGGGCGUGCAUCAACACAGCUUUUUCAAAGCAUGUCGUGGUGACUUGUUAAAGCACUAAUUUCUGGUUCACUGGGUCUGGGGGCAGACCAAAAUUUUUGCUUUCCUAGCAAGUUCCUGGGGACAUGCUGUUGCUGCGGGUUACAAGUGAGAUCACCUGGAGAACCAUGGCCUUAAGGCACCACAGUCUGCUCUGGGGGCUCUCUGUUACAUAGACUCACUUAUCAGAUAGCUACCAGCUCUCAGGAGUAGAAAACCCAUACUAUUCUUCCUCUGGAGAUUCAACACCCAUUUAAAAACUGCCAGAGCCCAUGCUGAGUGAAUAAACUGACCUCCAACUA